AUGUUCAGUCCAUUUCGUUCUCUCUCGCUCGUUCUCUCUCUCCCGUUCUCUCUCUCCCGUUCUCUCUCUCCCGUUCUCUCUCUCCCGUUCUCUCUCGCUCGUUCUCUCUCUCCCAUUCUCUCUCCCGUUCUCUCUCGCUCGUUCUCUCUCUCCCGUUCUCUCUCUCCCGUUCUCUCUCUCCCGUUCUCUCUCUCCCGUUCUCUCUCUAUCGUUUUCUCUCUCUCGUUCUCUCUCUCGUUCUCUUUCUCGUUCUCUCUCGUUUUCUUUCUCUCUCGUUCUCUCUCUCUCUCUCUCUCUCUCUCUCUCUCUCUCUCUCUCUCUCUCUCUCUCUCUCUCUCUCUCUCUCUCGUUCUCUCUCUCUCUCUUUCUUUCUUUCUCUCUCUCUCUCUCUCUCUCUCUCUCUCUCUCUCUCUCUCUCUCUCUCUCUCUCUCUCUCUCUCUCUCUCUCUCUCUCUCUCUCUCUCUUUCGUUCUCCCUCUCUCUUGUUCCCUCUCUCUCGUUCUCUCUCUGGACCUUCGCCGUGGCUUGCUGGAAGCGGGUCGGCCGCGCGUGGCCGGCUUGAGGCGCCUCUCCAUCGGCGCGCUUAGGCUGCUCGCCGCCCUCCUCGGCCUCCCGCUCUCCCUCCCCCUUCCCCCCGCGCGCCGACCUCCCGCUGCCCCUCCCGCCGCAUUUACUCGCCGCACAACUUCCGCCGCAAGGAACGCCGCUUCUUCCGCCGCUCUUGGUUCCAAAACUCCCCCCCAAAGCACGACCGCCGGUUGCGGGCGUUUGAAGGAGGAGCUGAUAGACCUCGUUCUGACGGAUUCCGUUUGGAAAAUGGGCCAUUUGCCGGCCAGGAUUGACGGCGGAAUGACGGGUAAACGGGAGAGAAUGAUGACGGAAGGGGAGAUGCGCGCCGAACGCGAGUCGGAGCGGAAUCGGCGGAAGGGGGUAGAACGGAGGAGAGAGGGGGAAGGGGGGAGGGAGGGAGAAAGGAGGAGGGAGGGGGAAAGGAGGGAGGGGGAAAGGGGCAAGGAGGGAGAAAGGAGGGAGGUGGAAAGGGGGAGGAAGGGGAAAAGGAGGAGGGAGGAGAAAGGGGUAGAGAGGGAUUCGCGGAAGAGUGGGGACGGGAGGAGGGAGCGUGCGGUGGUGAGAGAGAGGCAUGCUGGCGAAGGAAGCGAUGCAGUGCGGUGCGGAGGGGCGGAGGAGGAUAAGACGAGAGGUGGAGGGAUAGACGGGGAGAGGGCGGAUGCUGUAAGAACCAGCGACAGGGAUAGUGGGUGCGGCAGAGGCGAUGGGUGGGCGUUGGGCCCACAGCAUGCAGGGCAGCGCAGGAAGCGGGUGAAAGCAGUGGCGGUGGCGGCAGGGGGAGGUGCAUGUGAGAGCGCGGGCAAGUAUGAGCCUGGUGGGAGAGGGGGUGGGGAUGGGGGUGGGGCCGUGGAGUGUGUGGUGUGUGCGAGUCCGGCGAGUGGUGAGGCUGGUGGGGCGAUGGCUGGACAUGUAAAGGUGGGCAACAGUGACUCGCCCGUGCUUCUGAUGCCUCUGUUGCCGCUGCUGCCCGUGCUGCCCGUGCUGUCCGUGCCACCCGUGCUGCCCGUGCCGCCUGUGCUGCCCGUGCCGCCUGUGCUGCCAGCAGUGCCAGGGAGUGCAGGCAGGAGCACAGCGGGUGGGCGGCGGCGCCUGAGUGCAGCAGAGUUCUUCGGAAGCGGUGUGGACAAAAGCAGGGCUUGUGGAAGGGGCGCUGCCGCAUGUGAGCGUGCUAGGGGUGGGGAAGAGCCGGAGUGUGCUGCUGGCAGGGAAGGCUGUGAAUGUGGUGCGUGCAGCUCGGCAUGUGAAGGUGCCCGCCCCGUUGUAUGGUCCGCCAGUCGCGGGUUGAGUCAAGGGAUCGAGGCGGGGCGAUGGAGAGAUGGGGGAGAUGACCGAGAUGAGGGCGACUGUGGGACAAAAGGAAAAGGAGGGACAGGAGGAGGGGGGGAAAGAGGAAAGGCAGGUGUGGCAGGGGAUGGGUGUGCUGUUGCGACUGUGCGCCAUGCUUCUGCAUCUACUGCCGCGAUUCCCGCUCCUGCAGCAGCUCGUAUUACUCCACCACCCCCCGUUUCCCCUCCAGAGACCACAAGCUCACUCCACCAGCCAUGCACUGGGGGGGCUGGCAGGGCUGUGCCGGGGUUGGCUGGCAGGGCUGUGCCGGGGUUGGCUGGCAGGGCUGUGCCGGGGUUGGCAAGGAGGGGCACUGAGAGCAGCCGGGCAUGUGGAGGCUGCAUACAGGGAUCAGCAGCAGAGCUGCACCCGUGGCAGUGCGCUGAGAGUCGGUCAGAGAGGCGUGUUGACAGCAGAUCUCGCUCCGUCACCCCUGAGCCGUCUCCUGGUGAUCUGGACCUCUGUGUGGACAGGUGUCUCGCCAUCAUUGGUGGAGCAGAGCACAGCGGCGUUGGCAAUGCAAGCUAUGAGGAAGCUUCCAUGAAAAGGGGCGGCAGAUGGGGGCUGUUUGGGGCAGUGGGGAUCCCUCAAGCAGCGUGUGUGCAUGAGGUGGGGGGUGUGCAGGGUUCGUUCAGUCUGGAGCACAUGGCAACAAGGGCUGCUGGGGGGAGCUUUCCGCCUGCUGCUGCUGCUCCUGGUCCUGCUGGUGGUGCUGGUGGUGGCAGUGGUGGGGGUGCUUUAUUUGGGGACGUGGGCAGAGUGGCGUUUGCACGGCACAAGGAGAUGCUGAGGGCAGCAGGGAGGCGGGGCCACUGGCGGGAGUGA